CAAUUUUUGAAUAGUAACAAAUUAAAAUGGUUGUUCAAGCAACGUCAGGACGAGGUUUAGGAUGGAUUGUUGCAGCUUUCUUUAUUGUUGCUGACAUGGUUGGCGGUGGAAUUGUUGCAAUGCCUGUUGCAUUUCUUGAAACUGGACUUACGGUUGGUAUUACAUUUAUGGUUGUAAUAACAAUAUUUUUCGCAUAUACGGCUUAUUUACUUAGCCAGAAUUGGAUCAUUAUGCAACAGCGAUGGCCGGUUUAUCAAAAUCAUUGUCGUAAACCAUAUCCUGAAAUGGCAAUGAGAAGUAUGGGAAAAACAAUGAAGUAA